UUCCAUAAUCGAAACGUAAGAGAACGUCCAUAAAUUUAUAAUAUAAGCUUAGAUUCCGUCUCCGGUCCGUGACCGUGUAUGAUGAGUUUCUUUAGCAAAUUGAAAAUGUCGAAGUCAGGAAAUAGCAAGGAAACAGAAUCUUCUCUGUAUGAGCUCGUUAACCAAAUGGGGUACCCGAAGGAUGUGGCCGAGAGUGAGUUGAAAAAAUGCAACAACGACCUGUCUCUAGCGAAGAAACGACUAGUUGAAAAGUACGGAAAUAGUUCGUCAUCCAUGCCCCCUGCUUACAGCAACGAACCACCACCGCCAUACAGCGAGAAGGCAACAGAGCCUGUGGCCUCAUCUAACGUCCUGCUUUACGUAAAACAAGAAAAAACAGAUCUACUAAAGGAUCUCCAGACGUCGUUUCCACAACAGGAAGAAAGGUGUUGCUCGUGUUUUGACAUAAUAUGCCCAGAUCCUGAUGAAGGUUUCACAGGAGAAAGCGUUUGGCAAGGACAGAAGGCCUAUCACACAGAGUGCUAUCUUAAAAACAAAGGGCCCCGAUGUGAGCAUUGCUGCUUUGCCUUAAUUGCCUUUCCCAGCAAAGGCCUGUCUGGCAGAUGGGGAAUAUACUCUGGCAAGAAGUACCACGAAGAAUGUUACACCCUUUACGCUGGACCAAGAUGCAGCAGUUGCUGUGAUGUCAUUGCCCCAAACCCAGACGAAGGGUACAGUGGUAGAUGCCAGGAAGACAACAACAAGCUCUAUCAUGAGGAGUGUUUUACAAAGAAGAAUUUGGCUGAAUACAAAGCAAAGUAUUCAUGAUUUCAAUAGCUUACAUAAUUGAAGCUGAAAAAUGUGAUUUUUUUAUAUUUCUACACCAUGUGGUAUCCACUCAGGUUUUAAGGAUUUAAAAAUUACCAGCAGUUAUAACAUAGCUGAGAACUAGACUUGACAUGUACAUAAAGCAUUUGUAAAUAAAUUAUUCCACAAGAAUUUUGGACAUUUAGAGUGAUUUUCAUUAACACGUGAACUACACUUUAGCGUAUUACACUUUGUGAUCCAAUUCCAUUGUUCUCUUUUGUGUUUUCUUGACUAUUACACUUUGACUAUCCCACUUUAUUUCAUGGGUUAAUGAAAACCACUCUAUAUAUAACCAAACAUAUGUAAACAGCCAUAUAUGUGUUUAGAGAAUGUUUAUUUUUUUCCCAACUAAUCAGUGAGAAGUUUGGUGCUGAAAUAGUUCAGGCCAUUAAAAAUCCAUGUCAGAACAACAAAUACUUGAAUUUAUGUUAAAAUAACCAAUUCUCAAGUGUAAGAACAUGUAUAUAAACAGCUUAAAUACUAUUUUAUAUUCCUCUUCUUCUAACCUAAACUUGCUCAAUUUUGUAGAUAUAGACAAAUAAAAAGUGGCUCCACUCCAAAAAGUAUUCUUUAUUGUAUUUCAAUUAAGUGAUACAAUUAUAUAAAAUCAAAAAUCCAUUAUUUCUUUUCAUUGUAGGCAGAUCUUUUCAAAAUUCCUUUCCUUUUGGCAUAUCAAAAUUUUAUUUCAUUAAAAAUAUUAUGCACUCAAUUCUUAUUGCUGUACAUUUCAUUUCAUGUCACCCUAAAAAAAGGUCUAUGGCAUACUUUUUACAAGCUUGUUGAACUCCAAUGGAAUAGGAAGUAGCUAGAUUUCCAUUAAUUUCAAUUUCAUUACUGUGAAAGUUAAAGCAGCAUUGUCACCAGUUUACUUUUGGUUGAUUUUGUAACAAUCUUCAAUGACUUUUAAUGGGAAACACAGAAAACAUUUCAAAAUUGUAAAAGCAGCAGUCUAUUGUCUAUUUAGAGAGGAUGGUCUGUUAAAUAGCGUGGAUUCUAAUAGAUUAUUUUGUCAGAUGAGGUUUCUCACAGCCCUCUGGAAGUAAACUGGUGACAAUGUGGCUUUACAUCUACAUCUGUGGCCUAAGAAGUUACAACAAUCUUCUACUGUGUUUGUAAUUCUCAAUAGAACAUUGAUAAUGACAAGGGACAAAUAUUGCAUCAUCAAUUAUUAUUACAAAUAUUAUAUAAUACCCAAAAAGUCAGUUGUUAUACAUCAAAUAUUGGUAUAUCAAGGUUAAACUGUUUUCCCACCCAGAUGUACGGUAUCUGCACAGUUGUUGUCAAACUUCAAUAAAAAUUCCGUACCUAG